GCAGCGGCUUCAUGAUGCAGGUAGCACUCUUGCUUUCUCUCUUUUCCGCAGCUGUCGCUUCAAGUGGCAGCGGCAAAUCAGCGGACACCAAGCCUCUUUGGGUGAAUGAAACAUUGCUUGGAAGAUAUCAAGAUGCCUGGAAAAGCAUUGGACAAGACAGCAACGUGACUUAUGUACUCGCGAAGACCACAUACGAAAAUGAUACCGGAUCCUGGGGUCAACAAUUCAAGUGCCUGAGUGUAAAAGAAACCAACAAGAAUGACACAGCUCACACAGUUAAAUCUGUUUUCACGUUCAGAAAUGCGUCUAGCGUGGGUAAUACAUAUUACAAUGUAACAGAAACAGUGCAGGCCGUAUUCACCCAUGGCUACAACACGACAAGAAACGCAAUUAAAUACCUAGAUUAUGUGACAGAAAACUUCACAGACACACUCAUCUUUUCUGAUGGAAAAACGUGCGAUGUGUUCUACGUGCCUUAUCAACAAGAUGGGUGCGAGCUCUGGGUCGAAGAAAGUUACGCGAGCAACAUCCCGCAAUGCUGCUUGUUCGUAUUCAAUGUGUUCUGUGGGAACGGAAAAACAAUUUACGAUAAAUACAAUGCAACAGAAUGCUCUACUAGUAUGAGCCCAAGAGCUAAAUGAGCGACACUCUUAAAAAGCUCACUUUUUUUGUAGCACGCUUUAUGAACUUAGGUAUAAUAAAAGCGUAUUAGAUUGCAAUUGCA